CUUCCGGCUGAUGAGGGAAUGGGAACCGAUGGAUCUCUCAGACAGAGCUGAGCUCCAGCUAUCUAAAUGCAAGGAUUAGGAACUCGGAGAAAGGGAACAAAAAUCUUUUACAUCACCAGUUGAGAAAAUCUGCAUUAGUACUUUUUUCCGCAGAUGCUGCCUGGCCUGCAGAACUCCUGCAGUAUUUAGUGUGUGUUGCUUCCUUUACCUCCUCUUGCUCUGGACUUUUCGACCGGUGAGAACAUGUUUUGUCCCAUUCUCUCUGGGUUAAAAAUGAGAAGGAAUUCAUCUCCAGGAAGCUCAAACACGAGACGCCAGUUUUGUUGUCUCUGCCUAGAUAUUUAAGAAGUGGAGCAAGGGAUCCAAUUGUCCACCCUUCCUGCUCAGACUGUAGGGAGGAAUUCACUCGGUGAUUUUGACCAACUGGCACGCCCAUCAUUUUACACAGGAAAAAGGACAUUCACCUGCCCAGACAGUGGGAAUGGAUUCACUCGGUCAUCUCAACUAAAGGUACAUCAGCAAGUUCACACUGGAAAAGGCCAUUCACUUGUUCUGUGUGUGAGAAGGGGUUCAGUCGGUCAUCCCACCUGUGGACACACCAAUCAGUUCACACUGGGCAGAGACUGGUCUUCUGCUGAAUUUCUGGGAAAGGAUUCACUCUGUCAUCUGACCUAAUGGCUCACCAGCGAGUUCACACUGGGGAGCGGCCGUUCACCUGCUCAGUCUGUGAGAAGAGAUUUACUCAGUUAUCCAACCUACAGAGUCACCAGCGAGUUCACACUGGGGAGAAGCCAUUCACGUGCUCAGUCUGUGAGAAGAGAUUUACUCAGUUAUCCAACCUACAGAGUCACCAGCGAGUUCACACUGGGGAGAAGCCAUUCACGUGCUCAGUCUGUGGGAAAGGAUUCACUCUGUCAUCCACCCUACUGGUACAUCAGCGAAUUCACACUGGGGAGAAGCUGUUCACCUGCUCAGACUGUGGAAAGGGAUUCACACUGUCAUCCCGCCUACUGGUACAUCAGCAAAUUCACACUGGGGAGAAGCCGUUCACCUGCUCAGUCUGUGAGAAGAGAUUUACUCAGUUAUCCAACCUACAGAGUCACCAGCGAGUUCACACUGGGGAGAAGCCUUUCACCUGCUCAGUCUGUGGGAAAGGAUUCACUCUGUCAUCCACCCUACUGGUACAUCAGCGAAUUCACACUGGGGAGAAGCUGUUCACCUGCUCAGACUGUGGAAAGGGAUUCACACUGUCAUCCCGCCUACUGGUACAUCAGCAAAUUCACACUGGGGAGAAGCCGUUCACCUGCUCAGUCUGUGGGAAAGGAUUCACUCUGUCAUCCACCCUACAGAGACACCAGCGAGUUCACACUGAGGUGAAGCCAUUCACCUGCUCAGUCUGUGGGAAAGGAUUCACUCUGUCAUCCACCCUACAGAGACACCAGCGAGUUCACACUGAGGUGAAGCCAUUCACCUGCUCAGUCUGUGGGAAAGGAUUCACUGUGUCAUCCCUCCUACUGGUACAUCAGCGAAUUCACACUGGGGAGAAGCCAUUCACCUGCUCAGUCUGUGGGAAGAGAUUCACUGACUCUUCCACCCUACGGAGACACCAGCGAGUUCACACUGGGGAGAAGCCAUUCACCUGCUCAGAAUGUGGGAAGCGAUUCACUCUGUCAUCCACCCUACGGCGUCACCAGCGAGUUCACAGUGGGGAGAUGCCGUUCACCUGCUCAGUGUGUGGGAAAGGAUUCACUGACUCUUCCACCCUGCAGAGACACCAGCGACUUCACACUGGGGAGAAGCCGUUCACCUGCUUAUUCUGUCGGAAGAGAUUCACUCAGUCAUCCACCCUACAGAGUCAUCAGCGAGUUCACACUAGAGAGAGGCUCAGAAUGUGGGAAAGGAUUCACUCAGUCAUCCCACCUCUUGGCACACCAGUCAGUUCACAGUAAGGAGAGGCCAUUGUUAUGAAUCCUUUGGUUUUGAUUGCUGUAGACUGUCAUUUUAAGAGAGAGAGAGAGAGAAAUUAAGAAGGUGAAUCAGUCUGACUUGCAGCUUGUUUACAUUGCUCGCAGCUUGUUUAGUUUUAACUGAGGACACAGACACUCAGAGUCAGACGGAGACAAAGGAGGAAAAAUGGAAGGAUCAAAACCAGGGAACUAGUAGCCAAGGAUCACUGUUUGGAACUUUCCUUCGCUCACAAGGGUGGGCUAAUUAUCGAUUCACCGUACAUCGAAUGUGUGGUUGUCACCUCAUUUGUUCCACAGGAGUGGAUCUGAUUUGGGAUAUCCUGUGGAGACAACUUAUGUGUUAACCCUUGCCUGGCUGUGGCGUGGUCAUUCAUUUGAUGAUACCCCUUAUGACAAUUCACUUUAGGUGAUAAUUCGUAUGUACAUUUGUAAAGAUGAUGGAUAAAAUCUAGAGCGACUGUUCUCUCUUUUUACCACCAUGGAACCUGUGGAAUACAACAUAAUUGCCUUCUCUCAACAUUUACCCUGGAUUACAAAAAUAUCUCUCUCACAUCACCUAUUCUGUGAAUGAAUUGAACUUUAAUACUUUAACAUCUCCAGACUCCAAGCCUUGUUUCCCCUGAGCUCAGAAGUUUGGGAGUUAUAUUUACACACAUACAUACACAUAACACUCACGAGGAAAUCUGCAGAUUCUGGAAAUACAAACACAAAAAAAAUGCUGAUAGAACACAGCAGGCCAGGCAACAUCUAUAGGGAGAAGCACUGUCGACGUUGUGGGCCGAGACCCUUCGACAGUACUAACUGAAAGAUAGUAAGAGAUUUGAAAGUAAUGGGGGGAGGGUGAAAUGCAAAUGAUAGGAGAAGACCUGAGGGGGUGGGGGUGAAGCUGAGAGCCGGAAAGGUGAUUGGCGAAAGUGAUGCAGAGCUGGUGAAGGGAAAGGAUCAUGGGACGGGAGGCCUUGGGAGAAAGAAAAGCGUGGGGGUGGAAGUACCAGAGGGAGGGGGAGAACAGGUAAACAACUAAAUAUGUCAGGGAUGUGGUAAGAAGGGGAGGAGGGGCAUUAACAGAAGUUAGAGAAGUCAGUGUUCAUGCCAUCAUGUUGGAGGCUACUCGGCCGGUAUAUAAGGUGUUGUUCCUCCAACCUGAGUUUGGAUUCAUUUUGACAGUAGAGGAGGCCAUGGAUAGACAUAUCAGCAUGGGAAUGGGAUGUGGAAUUAAAAUGUGUGGCCACUGGGAGUAGUCUUUUGCUGUUGGUUCAUUUCUAAACCAUUAUGGUUUGUAACAAAAUGGGGCUGUGUCUGGGAUAUGACAAAUUUAAGGAUUGAUUAAUUAUCAAUUUCAUUGGGGAAAUCCCUUUUGAUUUACUUGUGUGUGGAAAACCAGCAGCAAUGGAUGUUGAUAGAUAUCUGGAAGUGUGAACCUCUCAGGCAUUAGAGGACACCAGAAGGAUUGAGUUGUUGAGUAUUGCUAGAACGUUAAUACUUGCUAAGGUGAAAUUGACAAUGAGGAGGGCACAGAUGCAGAAGAUAAUAGCUGAGCAUUAUGUAUCUGAGGAUGUGUUUAAAGUGAAGGAGUUGGAGGUGUUUCCUGAAAGUAAACCUCGUGAGCUUGAGCUCCAGUAGAAGUUAGAAAUAUUAAAGAUGGAGGCUCCAGAAAGGCAGAGGCAGUUUCAGGCUAAAGAGGCAGAAAAGCAGACAGAAAAUUCUCUUACAAAGUGUAAUUAAGGGGAAGGCUUAGCAAGCCUAUUCUGCUUUGACAGUUGCUGAAGCAGCUUAUUAUUUACUUAUUUAUGCUGCCCCAAUCAUCGCCACUGGGCUAUAAAUGUGCAGGAGCUGUGUGUGGUUCAGUGUUUUGCUCAAGGACACACAAGCUGCCUCGGCUGAGGCUCGAACUCAUGACCUUCAGAUCGCUAGUUCAACACCUUAACCACAUGGCCACGCAUUAUGACCACACAUUAUGACCUAGUGAAACAGGCUGUGCUCAAAGCUUACGGGUUGGUCCCAGAAGCAGACAGGCAAAAGUUUAGAAAUUUGAAGAAAUCUGUGAACCAGACAUACGGAAUUUGCUUAUGAGAAAUUUGUGUCUAUUGACUACUGAUGCACAUCUGAACAUGUAAAUGAUGAUUUUAACAGCUUGAGAGAGUUGGUUUCAAUUGAAGAAUUCUGAAGGUGCGUCCCUGAUGACAUAAAGACGUAUUUAGAUGGAAAUGAUGCUGCCACUCGGCAGGAAUCUGCUGGAUUAGCAGAUCAGUUUGCUUUAACUCAUGAAAUUAUGUUUACGCUGAAUAAGAGUUUCCAAAAGGCACUUGUCAAGUUGUGGGUAAACCUAAUGAGCUCACCCCAGUGGCCUGAACCUGCAUUCGGUGAACCCUUUUCCAAAGUUAUAGUGGAUUGUGUUGGCCCAUUGCCAAAGACUAAAGCUGGCCAUCAGUAUCUGCUAACUAUUAUGUGUACUACAUCCAGAUUCCCAGAGGCAAUGCCUCUCAGAAAUAUUAAAGCUAAAACUGUGGUGAAGGCUCUUACCAAGAUUUUCACUUUAUUCGAUUUGUCUAAAGAAAUACAGUCUGAUCAAGGAUGUAUUUGUAUAUCUGCAUUAUUCAAGCAGGUAGUUUAUGAAUUGGGAGCAAAACAGAUUGCAUCAUUUGCAUACCAUCCGGAACCAGAAGGGGCUUUAGAAAGAUUUCAUUCUACCCUCAAAACAAUGAUUAAGACAUUGUGUUGAAAAUGGAAAAGACUGGGAUGAAGGAACAUAUUUGCUUUCAUCCACAGAAAUAGAGUCAGUGCAGGAAUCACUGGGCUUUGGUCCAUUUGAGCUUGUAUUUGGUUGCAGAGCGAGGUGCCCUUUGACCUUGUUAAAGGUACAGUGGAUUGAUGGGGAUGUACAUGUUAACUUGUUAGACUGUGUUUUGAAGUCCAAAAAUAAACUACACCAAGCCUGUAGUCUAGCGAGACAAAUCUUAAAGAUUUCUCAAAACAAAAUGUUGGUUUGAUAACAGCGCUCGCGAAAGAAAACACCAGGUGGGGGAUAAGGUGCUUGCCUUAUGUUGACGAAUC